AAGCGGCCGAGAGGCCCCGAGUCCCAGAGUGUUCGGUAAUCUCCGUCGUCUCAAGGGGCGGUUCCCAUCGUCUUCGGGAGCCCUGGAAGUACAGAUUUAAGAAAUGACCCUUUUUAUUAAUUUAUUUCCAAACACAAGAAAAACCCGCGGAUUGUUUGUUAGCCAUUUAAUUUAGAGCCCCAAUUUUUAUGUUGAGGAAUGAGAACGGUAACGUACUUUGACCUUUAACCUUCGGCCGGGUGAGGUGAAGGGAAACGCCUCCGUCUCUAUAUAAGGAGUUUUCCGGCCUUUCGUGGCUUUUUUUUUCCCCCCUCUCAGCGCGCGUCGCCGUUUGCCUGCGCUCCUCUUUUCCUCAGCCGCCGCUUAGCUCCCGAUACAGCCGACAUCAUGGGCUUCGGAGACCUGAAAACCCCCGCUGGCCUCCAGGUGCUCAACGAUUACCUGGCCGACAAGAGCUACAUCGAGGGGUAUGUGCCAUCACAAGCAGACGUGGCAGUAUUUGAAGCAGUCUCCAGCCCACCACCUGCGGACUUGUAUCAUGCCCUGCGUUGGUAUAAUCACAUCAAGUCUUAUGAAAAGGAAAAGGCCAGCCUGCCAGGAGUGAAGAAAGCUUUGGGCAAGUAUGGCCCUGCUAAUGUGGAAGACACCACAGGAAGUGGAGCUACAGAUAGUAAAGAUGAUGAUGACAUUGAUCUCUUUGGAUCUGAUGAUGAGGAGGAAAGUGAAGAAGCGAAGAGGCUAAGAGAAGAACGCCUUGCACAGUAUGAGUCAAAGAAAGCCAAAAAACCUGCACUUGUUGCCAAGUCUUCCAUCUUACUAGAUGUGAAACCUUGGGAUGAUGAGACAGACAUGGCAAAAUUGGAAGAGUGUGUUAGAAGCAUUCAAGCAGAUGGCUUGGUCUGGGGCUCUUCUAAGCUAGUUCCGGUGGGAUACGGAAUUAAAAAACUUCAAAUACAGUGUGUAGUUGAAGAUGAUAAAGUUGGUACAGAUAUGCUGGAGGAAAAGAUAACUGCUUUUGAAGACUAUGUGCAGUCUAUGGAUGUGGCUGCUUUCAACAAGAUCUAAAAUCCAUCCUGGAUCAUUGCACUUAAAUAAAAGCUUAAAUGACAACCAA